AGUGGUCCCCUUCCCCCACUUCUCAACAGGGCAAGCUCUCUCUGGAAGGGCUGGAAAGGUGCCCGUCUGCAGUCAUGCUGGCGCUGCUGUGUGCCUGCCUGCUGGCGCGCGCCCGGCUCGGGGCGCCCACGGAGCCCGCGGGGCUGGGCGGCAACGGCACGGCCGAGCGCAUCCGCGACAUGCACGCCAAAGUGACGGAGCUGUGGCGGGCGAUGCAGUCGCGCUGCGCCUGCCGCCCCGACGCCGCCGCCGGCGCGCCGCUGUUCGCCUGCUGCGCGGUGCAGCCGUCGGCCUCGCUGGGCGCGUCGGAGCAGCCGCGCGUGGCGGGGCUCGUGCUGUUCCGGCAGGGUGCGCCCGGGCCCGGCAGCUCCCUGGAGGCCUUCUUCGACCUGAACGGCUUCCCGGCGCAGCCCAACACCUCCCUGCGCGCCAUCCACGUGCACCAGCUCGGGGACGUGAGCCGGGGCUGCGACGCCACCCAGGGCCACUACGACCCGCUGAGCGCGCCGCACCCGCAACACCCCGGCGACUUCGGCAACUUCGUGGUGCGCCGCGGCCGGCUCUCGGCGCACCGCUCGCGGCUCUCGGCGCAGCUCGCCGGCCCGCACUCCAUCCUGGGCCGCUCCCUGGUGGUCCACGAGGGCGAGGACGACCUGGGCCGCGGCGGCAACGAGGCCAGCCGGAAGCACGGCAACGCGGGCCGCCGGCUCGCCUGCUGCACCAUCAGCCUGUGCGACCCCGAGCUCUGGGAGCGCCGGGCCCAGGAGCACAGCCAGCGCCUGCGGUCCAAGAAAGACAAGAGCGAGUGCAAGAGCCCCUGAGCGUGCCCAGGAGCGGGGCGCCCCCAUUCCAGGCCCAGACCCUCCUCCCGCCUCCCUGCGCUCCGAGACCCCUCUCCCGGGUUCCCUUCUUUGCCCGCGCCCGUGCCCCGGCGCCCCUCCCUGAGCCUUAGAACCCUGGGCACGCUGUGUCCCAGGAUCCCCUUCAAACCUUGAAACCAGCCAUGCGCCCCCACCGCGCAGACCCACGCCCCACCCCCUAGAAUUUCUGCCCUGGUUUCAGCUCCUCCUUCCAGCUGCACCUUGAAGUGGGGUGCAGGAUUGUUUGGCACAUUAAAAC